UGAAGAAGAUCAGGUGUUCGGUUCCGCGAGCCCACGCGUAUCUCGAGGCCCCACGCCGAGAAGAAAACGCGAGGUCCCGUUCGGGCUGCCCGUUUCGAUCGAAGCUCCGCGCCAUGGAUGAACUCCUGGACGAAGUCUCGGAGCCUAUCAUCGAGUAUCACUCGAGCGAUUCUGAACAAGACGAGGAAUCCGACUACAGAGCGGACUACCUCAAGUUCACCAUAUUUCUGCUGCUAGCAUGCUUCCUGAAGGCGUUCCAGCGCCCACUGCGCGUGCCCUACAUGAGCUGGCUGUUCCUGCUGACCACGGUCCUGCUGUGCCUGAUGUCGUUGACGGGCUCGCUGCGGAGGAGCAGCGGCCUGGUCGCCGGGGUCGGCGUGCAGGCCAUCCGCGCUUUCCUGCCGGCAUUCGUGGUGCACACGACGCAGGGCAUCAACAACUACAUCUUCCGCCGGUGCCACGUCGAGAUCAUGGUCUUCUCCGUCGGAACAUUCAGUUUGACCAUCGUGAUGGCUUCAGUCUACGCGUUUCACAGGGUAGCCGACGGAACAUGGAGCCCGAGGGAGUGCGUCUUCUUCGGCCUCUUCAUGUGCUCUGUCGAGAGAGUGCCCUUGAGUAACAUCAUCUUUGACGAAGGUCGCUAUCCUGUAGUCGCCACAAUGAUUCAGUCAGAGGCCCUAUUCAACGCAGGCAUGACGUGGUCCGUCUUUGGCUUUCUUAGUGGAAACGCAUAUCAGUACAACGACAUCCUUAUGUUCCCGGUUCAAAACCAGCUGGUGGCGGUGAUUGUGGGCUGUACCCUUGGUGCUGCCACGAUGCGUGUGCUGAAAAUAGUCUCCUACGGCACCGACUCGGUCAUCGUGGUGGUCAUGUGCGGCACCUACCUCACCUUUUUCCUGCUCGAGUCGGUCCACAGCUCGGGAGUCACCGGCGUCAUCGUCUACACCAUGGUGGUCACGUCGGACCGACUCAUCUCCUGCUCAGAGCUUGAAAGCUCGCUUGAGUCGUACUGGGCGGUGUUAUUCGACUGGACUGCAACGCUGACCACGUUCAUAUGUGCGACGUUCACGGCCUACAUGAUUGUCUACUACUUCCGCACAUACGACUGGCAGGACAUACUGCUCUGCUACAUCGCCAAGAUGACCAUGCGGUGUCUGGCGGUGUUGAUGCUGUACCCGUUCAUCGGUCACUUUGGCUACCGCAUUACGGCCAAGCAAGCAAUCGUGCUGGCCGGCAUGGGCCUCAAGGGCACCUACAUCGUCUCCCUCGCCACGCUCUACCACAUCACGCACCAGGACACCCACACCGAGAACCUAACUAAGUCAUUCAUGUACGUCACCACGGACAUGGUCCUCACGCAGUUCAUAAACGCCUCCCUCGUUCCGUUCCUGCUCAAGACGCUCGGCAUCCUCGACGUGUCCGAGGUGGAGUGGCACACGAUGAAGGACGCCGUAGCGUACCUGCAGGAAGCGGUGGACGUGGCGGCACACGUGAGCCGCAACAACCCCUACUUCCUGGUGGCGGACAAGAAGUGGGUCAUGCGCAACACACGCAUUCGGAACCCGCUCGAGGUCAUGCUUCGAUAUAAGAGGACCGAGAAGGUGCGCAGCUCCCGCAGAAGACACCAAGCCGAGGUCCUCGCGGUAGAGAACGUACUCCGCAUAGAAUCGGUGAGCUACAGUCGGCAGCACAGGCAGGGCGUGGUGCAGAAGCAGACCAUGAUGGCCCUUCUUGCGGCGCUGCAGUAUCCCUACGACAAGAAAAUGUACCUGGACAUCGACAUCAUCAACUCACUUGUCGAUAUUCCGCAAUGGAUUCUCUGGGUGAAGGACCGGCUGGGCGAACCGCUCCACGAGGAGACCGAGCUGGACGACGACUCGGUGUCCCUGUCGGAGAAGCUGAUGAAGCCGCUCAACGAACGCCUCAUGGACCUGUUCGAGCACGACUGCUACGAGGUGAUCAUCACCAACACCACGCUGGCCUUCGUGCUGCUCCUUGUGGGACUGCUGCGUGCCGCCGUCUACAGCAACGAGCGAUUCUUCACGGUCGCCAUGCUCGUGGAGUUCAUCUACCAGGUGGCCUUCUUCGUCGAGGUCGCCACCAUGCUGUCAGCGUACGGCCAGAAGAUCGUUAACCUCGACAACUACAACAAGCUGGACCUAAUUCUACUGGCGUCGUGCAUGGCGGUGUUCUUUGUCCACGUGGUCGUGCAUUUUGUGAGUGCGGGCCCAAAAUACGAACAGAUGCUCAGCAUCCUCUUCAUCGUCGUCAUCUCCGCCCGCUUCACGCACGCCAUCAAAUACGUCGAGCUGCUUCUAGUCCAGUGUGCGCAGCUGAUCCACAGGGCCCUGGACACCGUCAUCUACUCGGCGUACGAAGCCGGUCACGCCAUCGUCAUCGGCGAAGAGGAGGUCCAGAGGAACGUCUGGAAGUUCGUCGAGUCGGCCGACAUUGCCAUGGAGAUCCGCGGCCGCGCCACGCUCAACCGACUGCUCGUCCUCCAGAAGCUCGCGGAGAUCCAGUCUCGCUUCCCAGGAAUAAUGGUUUCGUUCCGGAGCCGUCAGGCCAGCACCACGAUACUUAACGACCUGAGCAAGCAAAUCAACGAGAUGCAGCGGGACGGCGUUCUAGACUCUGAAGACUACAAGAGCCUGCGCUUGUCUGUCCACAAUCGACACAUGUACAUCCUCUCCGAGGCGUGUAGCUUGCCCACCAGCUACAAACCGAUAGCGAUGCUCAGAGUCAUUCCGUGGAUCAACUCUGACAGCAUACGCCAAUUUUUAGCUAUCAAAAUCAAACCGAUGUCCUACGCCCCAGCCGAAGUCAUCGUCGAGAGGGAGGAAGAGAAUGACAUUAUACUGACCUAUUCUGGUAUAUUGAAGAUCGAGGGUGAGUACGACGAGCGUGGUGACGGGGCCCUGCCCAACUCGGCAUCGACGCUUUUCUUCUUCAACGAGGGCUACUUCGUCGACUACGUGCCCGCACCCGCCUGCAUCGGUGACCUCGGCCUCGUAACUGAGGAGCCCUCCAUGACGCGAGUCAUCGCCGAGACGCAGGUCAACGGUUACAUGAUCCCAAGAGAACGAGUGAUGGAAGCUAUAGGAAUCUUCACGAACGCACCGAGUUUUCUAUACGACAUCUGGGCAUACAUUGCGAGAAAUAUAGGACUCUUGGUUCUACAAACGCAUCCCAAAUACCAGACAUGGCCGCUUGAGAAGAUCCAGCGUCGCUUGGACUCCUUCCUAAUGCCCAACUUGGAGAUCGCGACUAAGUUCAUUCUGACGCCUGACAUCCACGAUGUCAUUCUGAUUCAGGGCGUCGCUAUUGACAGCGAGACGCAGGAGUACCUGAUUGGUCCCAUGUACGUUCCUCGCACCACUCGCAGGCUCAGCUUCCCGGGCAUCUUUCACGACCGGGUGAGACCUGUGGUGAUAGUGAUGGCAGACAAGCGCUACCGUUUGCCCCAGGAGAUAGACUGGCUCCAGCGCAACGAGGGUGCGGAAAAGAACUACGAGGAAAUCAUGAAGCAAGAAUUUGGAGAAGAGCAGAUGUACAUCCAGGAGGACUUUUGACCUGGUCCUUGGUCACUCUUGUCCCAGCACGAAUUCGGGCAGAGUUCGUGUAAAUAAUGCACACAAAAAAUUAAGCGUGAUAAUUUGCUAAGGAAACUUUCGUUUACUCCCGAGCAGCAGUUUCUUUUUACGUUUUCUUAAAUCUAGUGAAGAUGUCUGUGACCUUUGGUUUUAACUUGAUUUGUUGGAAUGUUUACCUACUCAAGUGAAAGCGUGUGUGGCUUUUGCCUUCGAA